CUACAGAAUGAUCCAGAAUACAGAAACAAAAUUAAGGCACAAGCCAUGCUAUACCCUAAGCUACAGGCAAUUGAUACGUGGAUGCCAUCUUAUCGAGAGUAUGAAAAUGGUCCCUUUUUGACAAGAAAGUUAGCAAUUAAGUUGUCAAUCCGAUAUGUAACAGAAGAUGAAGAACUGCCAGAGGCAAUACUGAGAAAUGAGUACAUGCCUGAAGGAUCAAGAGACUUGUUCAAGUUUGUGAACUGGAGUCACUUCCUUCCUGAGAAGUAUAAGAAGAACCAUGUUUAUAGGGAGCCCGUUCUUGGGAAGCUGAAUGCUUCCUGUCCAGGACUUCUGGAUAGUAGAGUAUCACCUUUGUUAGUCAAUGACUCCCAGUUACAAAAUUUGCCAUUAACUUAUAUCAUCACAUGUGAACAUGACAUCCUAAGAGACGAUGGACUUAUUUAUGUCACCCGACUCAGAAAUGCAGGAGUUCCAGUUACACAUGAACACAUAAAGGAUACAAUCCAUGGAGCCAUAUCAUUUGUCACAGCACCAAUGUAUUUACAUUCAGGUUUGAGAAUAAUAGAUAAGUAUAUAAGUUGGCUACAAGAAAAUCUAUAA